AUCUUCCAAAUCAAAACUAAAUUGGAACACGAACACACGUAAUCAUACAUAUCUACGUAGGUACACCCUUUUUACCAUUUAACAAAGUAUAAUUUUUGAAGAAAUUAAUUAAGUAACAAUAAUACAUUUUAUAAUAGGUAUCCGAUAAAUCUGUAUUGUUGCGUGGGCAAUGCCGCGGAGUUUGCUAGUUAUGUGAUUAUCAUAUAAGCCUGUUCCCAUGCAAGCAUUCCGGUAUUUUUCACCACAUUAAAUUCUCGUUAGGUUAUCAAACCAAACUUAUCUUCAUAAUGUGCAUUUAUUACUUGGAUAUAAUAAUAAAUUUCAACUCGGAGAGGAAACUUAUGUUAUAUAAAGGAUGGAACUAGGUACCAGCGCAGUUUGUGGGGUUUAAAGAUUCAAACUACUCACAUCAACAUUAAGAUGGAGUGUUGGAUUAAUAAAGUAGUGAUUAUCACAGAUUGUAGUGACGAUAUUGGGUUCGCUGUGAUGGAUAAAUUGGCUAAAGCUGGUAUGAUUGUUAUUGGCUUUACAAAAAAUGAAAGUAUUUUGGAAGAGGUCACAAAAAGGCUCAAUGAAAUGGCCAAAGCAAAUAGAAAAAUUGAGUUGUUUGAUUGCAACAUCGUAGAUAUCAAACAGAUGAUUGAAGUUUUUCAGAAAAUAAAAGAUAAAUAUGAUGGAGUAGACGUAUUAAUCAAUAACGCCCAAUACAAUAUUGAUUGUUUAGUGAGUAACGGAGCAACAGAAGAUAUCAAAAACUUUAUUGACAUCAAUAUUAAUGCUUUGAUUACUUGCGUAAGACUGGCCGCCGGUUCUAUGAUAGAACGUAAAACCAGAGGACAUAUAAUUAAUAUGAAUGAUAUUAUUUCGUACCAAAUACCAAAAGAUUCAAGAAAAUCUAUUUACAUAGCCACGAAAGCUACAACAACAUCUAUCAAUGAAAUUCUUCGUCACGAAUUCCGCUACUUGAACGCAAAUAUAAAAGUAACAAAUGUUGCUUGUGGUAGAAUUGAAGGAAUAACAGAAACGGAGACAGAUACCCCAAAACUACAAGUAAAGGAUAUAGCCAAAUUAGUCAAGCUGAUAUUGAGCACACCAGAACAUCUACAAGUCCACGAAAUUAUGUUAGAUUCAGUAGUCCAAUAAUUUAUAGUUUUACUGGGUUGUAAGUGUGGAUUAAUUAUUCAUUUAAAAUUAAAAUGUGUACCUUAGUA